AUGUUGGGUGCUUUGGUUGCUGAUCAAUAUAUUGGUCGUUACUGGACAAUUAUCAUCUUCUCCAUCGUUUACAUGCUUGGUUGGUUAAUUCUUACUACAACUUCAGUCCCUGCUGCUCUUGAGAGCGGUGCCGGUUUCCCAGGUUACAUUGUGUCACUUAUUGUUAUUGGAUUCGGUACUGGUGGUAUCAAGGGUAUUGUCGCCCCUCUCUGUGCAGAUCAAUAUAGAAGAACAGAUAACUACGUCAAGGAACUUAAGACUGGUGAAUUAGUUCUUGUGGAUUAUGAUCUCAGUAUUCAACAUUUGUACAACUGGUUUUAUUGGGCUAUCAAUGUCGGUUCCCUUUUAGGUGGUGUUAUUUGUCCCCUUUUGGAAUUAAAUGUUGGUUUCUGGGCCGCUUACUUGUUACCUACAUGUAUGUUUGCUGUUGCCAUCAUGGUAUUCAUUGCUGGUUCCAAGUCUUAUUACAAGCCUGGACCCACUGACUCUGUCAUUGUUAAGGCAUGGAACUUAAUCAAGUUUGCCAAUAAGCAAGCAAAAUUACCCGAGAACAAGGAAGCUCGCAAGAACUGCAAGGAUGUUUUGGAUUUCGCCAAGAGAAACAACGAAAUGAAUGCUGUCAGCUCUUGGUCUCCCGAUCAACAUGCUACAGCAAAGUGGAAUGAUACAUUUGUUGACGAAUUAAAGCAAGCUGUUAUGGCCUGUAAGAUUUUCAUUCCCCUUUCCAUUUAUUGGGUUUGUUACAAUCAACUUUCCAACAAUCUCUUGUCUCAAGCUGGUGUCAUGUCUCGUCCUGCUGGUCUUCCCAAUGAUAUUAUGAACAAUUUCGAUCCUAUUGCUCUUAUUAUUUUCAUUCCUAUCACUGAUGGUCUUGUCUAUCCUUUCUUGAGAAAGAUGAACAUCAGUUUCCCCUCUCAAGUACGUAUCACUCUUGGUUUCUUCCUUGGUGCCCUUUCCAUGGUUUAUGCUGCUGUUGUGCAACAUUAUAUCUACAUGGAUGAGGAAUUUAUUCUUUCAGAAGGUAAAUCAUCCAGUGUCUCUGUCUUUUUGCAAAUUCCCUGUUAUUUGUUGAUUGCUUUCUCUGAAAUUUUCGCAUCCAUUACAUCUAUGGAAUAUGCUUAUACCCAUGCUCCCAAGUCCAUGAAAUCACUUGUUUCUGCCGUUUCCUUGUGGCCCAAUUGUGUCGCCGCCUUGAUUUCUCUUGCUAUUUCUCCUUCUGCUAAGGAUCCCAACAUGGUAUGGGUUUAUACUGGUGUUGCCAUUGGUGCCUUUGCCUUUGGUAUCCUUUACUACUACAUGUUCAGACACUACGAUGUCAUUGAUGAACAGUUCCGUCUCAAGAAGAUGGCUGACCAAGAUGCUGCUGGUUAUGGUAUGAACGAAAAGAAUGUUCCCAUUAUCGUUGCUGAGGCCGAAUCCGAAGCCAUGGAAAUGCAUCAUUAA